AUGGAGUUUGAAGCAUUGGAGUAUGAAAAUGAUCCUGACAAUGACGAGCCAAUAUAUUUCUUUAGGAAAUUUAUCACAAAUGAACUACUUGAUAUAAUUGUAAACGAGUCUAACAAAUAUGCUGUUCAAAGCAAUCCAAAUGACCCUUUGAAAAUAACAAGAGCAGAGUUGGAACAGUUUAUUGGGAUAUUGUUUGCUACAUGCUUAAUGAAAAUGCCUAGCACUCGAAUGUACUGGAGUAAAGAGUUCUACUUUAACAAAGUUGCAGAUGUUAUGACUUUAAAACGCUUUGAAAAAAUUAAAAGCAAAUUGCAAUGCAGUGAUAAUUUAAGCCGCCAAGAUAAUUGCUCCGAUAAACUAUACAAAAUUCGUCCAGUGAUUGAUUAUUUAAAAUAUAAAUUUGUUCAGCUAAGACCAUAUGAACAACUCUGCAUUGAUGAACAAAUUGUUCCAUUCAAAGGAAAGUCAAAUUUAAAGGAAUAUAACCCAAAAAAGCCCAAACAGUGGGGUUAUAAGCUGUAUGUGCUAUCUGAAACUGACGGUUUGGUUCAUAAUUUUGAAAUAUAUACAGGAUCUAUUGGCACGUGUCCAAAUCAACCAGAUCUUAAAGCUUCUGGAAAUAUUGUUUUAAUCCUUCUGCAAAAUAUACCUCGAAAAAGAUGGCAUAAACUUUAUUUUGACAACUGGUAUACAAGUUUACCCCUUGUAAAACUACUACAUACUCAAGGAAAUACAUGCUUAGAAACAGUGCGUUCAAACCGUCUGUUAAACUGUAAAAUGUCAUCUGAUAAGGAUAUGAAAAAGGAUGGUAGAGGUUCAGUUGAACUGUGGACUACAGAUUCUGAUGGAGUAGAACUACGUGCCAUAAAAUGGUUCGAUAAUCGUUGUGUAAUUUUAUAUAUGAGAGCAUCAAUCCCUCCACAGAAGUCGAGCGCUUUGAUAAAAAGUUAA